CCGCAGCAAAGCCUGCAGAACUCACACACCCAGCACAGCACAAAAAAAAGAUCUUACAUGCUUGUGAUUCAUCUUAUUUCAAGCCUCUCCAAACGUGUCCAAACCCAUGGCCACCACCAAAGAAUAGAAGAAGGCAGACCACACCAUCCUUCUAUCUUUAUGCUCCCUCCUCCCCAGACUUCGCCUUCCACCUUCUCGUAGGGGAGAAGAACUGUGCAGCUCCGCUGCCAUUCCUGAGCAAGACACCGAAAAUGGCAACCUGCACAGUCUACCCUGCUCCUUCCCUCCACUCCUCGUGUUCCUUCCCCGGUCCGGCCAAGACUUACUUGGGCUUCCACCAAAGGCAGGUCAUCUUCUUCACCGGUGGGAGGAGAAGCGGCAGCAGAGGAGGGAGGAGUAGCUCAGAGAUCUCCUGCUCUGCGGAGGCCAAGACGGUGGUGAUAGGACUGGCGGCGGACUCGGGGUGUGGUAAGAGCACCUUCAUGAGGAGGCUGACGAGUGUGUUCGGAGGCGCGGCGGAGCCGCCCAAGGGAGGCAACCCAGACUCCAACACGUUGAUCAGUGACACCACCACUGUCAUUUGCCUGGAUGACUACCACUCUUUGGACAGAACAGGGAGGAAGGAGAAGGGAGUCACUGCCCUGGAUCCCCGGGCCAAUGACUUCGAUCUCAUGUACGACCAAGUGAAGGCUCUCAAGGAAGGAGUGGCCGUGGACAAGCCAAUCUACAACCAUGUCACCGGCCUGCUUGACCCCCCUGAGCUCAUCAAUCCACCCAAGAUUCUGGUCAUCGAAGGACUGCACCCAAUGUUCGAUGCCCGGGUGAGGGACCUGUUGGACUUCAGCAUCUACUUGGACAUCAGCAACGAGGUCAAGUUUGCAUGGAAGAUUCAGAGAGAUAUGGCGGAACGUGGGCACAGCCUUGAAAGCAUCAAAGCUAGCAUAGAAGCUCGAAAGCCUGAUUUCGACGCUUAUAUCGAUCCACAGAAACAGUACGCCGACGCCGUCAUCGAGGUUCUGCCGACCCUGCUGAUCCCCGACGACAACGAAGGAAAGGUGCUGCGCGUGAGGCUGAUCAUGAAGGAAGGGGUGAAGCACUUCAGCCCCGUCUACCUCUUCGACGAAGGCUCCACCAUUUCCUGGAUCCCCUGCGGCCGGAAGCUGACCUGCUCGUACCCCGGCAUCCAGUUCUCUUACGGCCCGGACACCUACUACUCCAACGAGGUCUCGGUGUUGGAGAUGGAUGGGCAGUUCGACAGGUUGGAUGAGCUGAUCUAUGUGGAGAGCCAUCUGAGCAACCUGUCGACUAAGUUCUACGGGGAGGUGACGCAGCAGAUGCUGAAGCACGCCGACUUCCCCGGCAGCAACAACGGCACCGGCCUCUUCCAGACCAUUAUCGGUUUGAAGAUAAGAGACUUAUUUGAGCAGAUCGUUGCCGAGAGGGCGGCUGCCGCCGUUGAGGCAGCCAAAGUCUGAGAGCAGUCGCCAUUACAGAGACAAAGUCUUAUCAUCUGCUGUUCUUCUGCACAUGGCUAUCUAUGUUCUCAUGUCAUGUAAUUUACUUGGAAUUGUAAGAUAGGAGAGAUGGAAUACUUUCUUCAGCAAUCGAUUGUGCCUUUCUUUA